UGAAGAGUUUGGCUCCACCGAGACCACCCUGAGCGGAGUUCGGAGCAUAGGCGACAUGGGGGCGGCAAGGCUGACGGAGGGGCUCCGCGUGUGUUCAGGCGGGCAGACUCCCGAGUGACAUGGAGUGGGUGUGGGCGCUCGUGCUGCUGGCGGCUCUGGGAAGUGGCAGCGCCGAGCGCGACUGCAGGGUGAGCAGCUUCCGAGUCAAGGAGAACUUCGACAAGGCUCGUUUCUCUGGGCUCUGGUAUGCCAUCGCCAAAAAGGACCCCGAGGGUCUUUUUUUGCAAGACAACAUCAUCGCUGAAUUUUCAGUGGACGAGAAGGGUCAUAUGAGCGCCACAGCCAAGGGAAGAGUCCGUCUUCUGAGCAACUGGGAAGUGUGUGCAGACAUGGUGGGCACUUUUACAGACACUGAAGAUCCUGCCAAGUUCAAGAUGAAGUACUGGGGUGUAGCCUCUUUUCUCCAGCGAGGAAACGAUGACCACUGGAUCAUCGAUACGGACUAUGAAACCUUCGCUCUGCAGUACUCCUGCCGCCUGCAGAAUCUGGAUGGCACCUGCGCAGACAGCUACUCCUUUGUGUUUUCUCGUGACCCCAAUGGCCUGACCCCAGAGACUCGGAGGCUGGUGAGGCAGCGGCAGGAGGAGCUGUGCCUUGAGAGGCAGUACAGGUGGAUCGAGCACAAUGGUUACUGUCAAAGCACGCCCUCAGGAAACAGUUUGUAGCAACGUCAAGGAUGUAAAGUUUGAAAACUUCUGAUUGACUCUCAUCCAGUCUUCAUCUCUAUUUAUCUUAGAAGUUGAGUUUCCCCACCUCCCCUCCCUUCUCUAGGUGGACGUUAAACCACCGCCUAAAUACAUGGGAAGGACUGAAUCUGUUCACACAAAUGUAUGUCUUACUGAAGUCCCCUGAGAGACAUCUGAAGCUUGGGAAUCCAAACUUGAUUUAUUAAACGUAGAGUCACCAUCUUCCUA